CGUCAUCGCUGCGCGACGACGCAGUGUCUUCCCGCUUCUCAACUCUGACGACAGAGUUGCGCCGGCCUCCGGGUCUGAGAAGAGCGGGAGGAGGUGGCGGCCUCGGGAAGAUGCUGCUCUUUGGCGUAAAUUGCAAUCGAUUAGGGAUCGUUUCUCAGACUCGAGUUAGAAGUGAGAGUUCAGAUAAGUGAGGCCGACAUUGCUGCUUUGAACACCUCAGAAGGGGAGAAUGGAUUUAUCAGGAGUGAAAAAGAAGAGCUUGCUAGGAGUCAAAGAAAAUAAUAAAAAGUCCAGCACUAGGGCUCCUUCUCCUACCAAACGCAAGGACCGCUCUGACGAGAAGUCCAAGGAUCGCUCUAAAGAUAAAGGGGCCACUAAAGAGUCAAGUGAGAAGGACCGUGGCAGGGAUAAGACUCGGAAGAGACGGAGUGCUUCAAGUGGGAGCAGCAGCACCAGGUCUCGAUCCAGCUCAACCUCCAGCUCGGGCUCCAGCACCAGCACAGGCUCAAGCAGUGGUUCUAGCUCCUCUUCUGCGUCCAGCCGCUCAGGAAGCUCCAGCACUUCCCGAAGCUCCAGUUCUAGCAGCUCCUCCGGCUCCCCAAGUCCUUCCCGGCGCAGGCAUGACAACAGGCGGCGUUCCCGCUCCAAAUCCAAACCACCUAAAAGAGAUGAAAAGGAGAGGAAAAGGCGGAGUCCUUCACCUAAACCCACCAAAGUGCACAUUGGGAGGCUCACCAGGAAUGUGACCAAGGAUCAUAUCAUGGAAAUAUUUUCUACUUAUGGGAAAAUUAAAAUGAUUGACAUGCCUGUAGAAAGGAUGCAUCCUCAUCUGUCAAAAGGCUAUGCCUAUGUGGAGUUUGAGAACCCAGAUGAAGCGGAGAAGGCGCUGAAGCACAUGGAUGGAGGACAAAUUGAUGGCCAAGAGAUCACUGCAACUGCUGUGUUGGCACCCUGGCCUCGGCCACCCCCACGGCGAUUUAGCCCACCCAGGAGGAUGCUUCCACCGCCACCCAUGUGGCGCAGGUCACCCCCACGGAUGAGAAGGAGGUCUCGCUCCCCAAGGCGCAGGUCCCCUGUGCGUAGGAGGUCUCGAUCUCCCGGCCGCCGCCGCCAUAGGAGCCGCUCCAGCUCCAACUCCUCCCGAUAAGCAGAGACCUUGAUUCGUACCUCUGUAACUUAUGUUUCCCCAACUCAGUUUUGUCCUUUCUCUAGCCAAAUGAGGGUCUGUAGGGAAGGAUCCCAUACCAGGUGGGCUUCGAAGACAGCAGUGGAGAUAUUUCCUCUGCAGGAGGAUUCUGGCUGCAGAGGUACUGUUGAUUCAGAACUGUGCCCAUAGAGGUACCCUGUAGUUUUCUGGCUAGAAAGUUCACCCUUCCAGUUCUUGAGAAUCUGCUUGGUAGCAGAGCCACCUGGGACAAGCAAGCCUUCAAAUGGCAACACACCGUUUUCCACAGGUGACCUGGGACCAGUCAGGCAACCUGGUCGUGCCCUUGCGUGUCCCCUUCAGAGUCCUCUUCAACUUGUAGGGUUAAACCCCUUUCUCUUCUCCUGUCCCCAUGUCUCUGUUACUCUCUGAAAUUGGUGAGCCAGUUAGGUCUACAGGGUCCUCAUGGAACCUACCGACACCCUCGUUAUCACCUGCCGUUCAUGGUGAUGUUGCAGGUUAACCUUGGCAAUGUAUACAUUGCUUCUUUUUGCUUUUAUUGUACAGUCAGUACUAUAAAAUUUGUUUUGAGUUUUAUAACUUUGUAGCAUUUUAGAUAAGGUUGUGUUUGUACUUGUGUAGAGUGAAAGGACUGUUGAAUAAACCUAAGAUUAGAAUGCAUA